CUCUGCAUCUUAUCACUAAUAUCCAAAAAUUUCAAAAUCUUUCAACUGCUGUGAAUCAUAGUUUCAAGUCAAGAUGCUUUUGCAUCACUAUCGCCUCCUGCACCAUGGUCCAGACACUAUGGAGGAACUAUUGGAUAGACAUGUGGUCAAAAAGGAGAAGAGCCUUGAUGAUGAUGAGAACGACCUCCUAAAUAGACAACGACUCACUAGCAGUAGACGCGAGGCUCUAAGUCUCUACCGAGAUGUCAUCCGCGCCACCCGGUUCUUCAUGUGGGCCAACUCUCAAGGCAUUCCCUGGCGGGAUGUUCUUAGAGAAAAUGUCAGAAAGGAGUUCGAGGAGGCACAAUUUGAGAGAGAUCCAGAAGUCAUCACCAGGUUGCUUAUUGGAGGUCAGGAUGCUCUGCAAGCUGCUUUGGAUAAACUUGUUGAGAAACAAAAGCAAGAAAUCGAAAAGCAACGCGGCAAUUCAAAUGCUCCUUGAUAUUCUGGUGUUAUAAAUGUAUAGUGAUAGUUCAAGAACCUUAGCAAGUGAAGCUCUUCUGCCAACCCAAAAUCUCCAAUCAUAACUUGCUUCCCACCACUCUGAAUGAACACAUUGUUGCACUGGAUGUCUCGAUGGAUGAUCUUAGGGCUCUUUCAAUGAAGAAAGUUCAAACCUUCAAGAAUCUGCCUGCCCCAAUUCUUGAUACUCGCCAAAUCAAUAGCAACGCCAUUAUCGUACUUGGACCAAUACUUUUUCAAGCUGCCUGAGGGGAAUGACUCUGUGAUCCUGUUGAGAGUUUUGGACUUGAGAUCGAACUAAUAAGAGAAGCACUUCAUAAUCUUUUCAUGGUUUAACGACUUCAACAGAGUAGCUUCAGCGAACAAUUUGUCAGUUUUUUCUUAAUGCUUCAUCAUAUUCUCUGCAAAAAACAUUUGGUUCCCACUCAAUUUCAAUUUCCUAUUGUGGAAUUUCACUGAAUAUGUUGUUGUAGUCAUACCCAAUGUACACUUAUUUGGAACCAAU